ACCAAAAAUAGCAACGACUCCAGCCAGGCACAAUGGUUCUUUAACCUAUAUAAAAAUAACGAAUGAUAACAUUAUUAAUUGUCUACAUGAAGCGUGUUUUAAAACAUUUGUAGACCCAAGAUCAAAGUAUAAAGGCUCACAAGUUCCACCGUUUUGCAGCGAAAAACAUACUUAACGUACUUACCAAAUCCAUUGACGAUGAACGUUGUUCUGGCUCAGAAGCAGUGGCUCAGUUCUAGUGGGCGUAAUCAUGCUUUGGCUGGACCGUGCGACAAUUCUAUCACCCGUAUUUGCUGUUUUUCCUUCGGCAACUUCUGCGUGAAGUAAUGGUUUUGGAUUUGGUACGGCUAGACUCAACUGCAUGGCGCUGCCGCCACUAGCAUUCACGUUCGUCUUUACAGCAACAAGAGGGGUUAGAUUGAACUCCUGUGAAGUCCCUUGGCUGGAUUGUGAACUGCUGUUAUGUUUAUGUACAUCAGUAACAGUAACCCUUUCUUCAGGUGAUGGUUUUGUCUUUUCCAGUGUUCCUGGUAUCCACUUUGGGAUGCUCUCAUUCUUUCCAUCCUUUACUGUAUUCACAUCAACAGAUUUAGGAUGUGAUGUAAUUCUACUUACCAGAAUUGGAAGGCUCACUGACUGGAAGUUGUCCAUCAGCAGAACCAUCGAUCUUCACAUGUGCAAUUUUACUGGGAGUCAAAGCCAAGUUGUUUUUCACUUUUACUGCCACAGGUGAUGUGUUCACUGGAACUGCCUUCUCACUUUUCGUCACAGACUGUAAUGACAUAAGUUCACUCUUCUCUACUUCAUGAUCAUCACAGGAACUUGGUGAUUUUGACAAAGCAGCCUUGCUGACUGACUUGAAGGCAACCUUUUUAGCACUGCUUUCUGCCACAGUAGAAACAUGUGGUGAGGACACAGCAACCUUUUUCAGUGGGUCAGAUUUGCUACCUCGAGUCAAUGACUUCAACGAGACCAUUCUGCUUUUUCCCACUUUAACAACAGAAAGUGACUUGGAUGGAGAGGACUCUUCGAGUGGAUCCGCAGUUUUAGAUUGUCCCGGUGAGUUUACUGAGUCUUUAUUGGGGCUGGUUUCCACUUUAGGAGAAACUGGUUGGGCAGACAAUGCAGCUUCUUUCGACAAGUCAAUGUUCUUGCAUUGUGUGGUUAUCGAUGAUGUUGACGAAACAACUUUGCUUUUAACCAGCCCGGAGCUUUCUUUGCUAUCUUCCACAUCAAAAGAAACUUGUUUUAAAGAUGGUACUGACUUCUUUACUUGAUUAUCCUUCUUACAACUGUUUUGAUUCAAAGGCUUUAAGGAAAGUACCUUGGUAUUCUGAACACCAGAUUCAGGAACUACAGAAUGUAUCGACGUGCUUGAUGCUUCUGUGUUUCUACGUUUGGGCAAAAGAUUCAAUAAGACCACCUCGCUGUUUUCCUCAACAGAGGAAACAAGUGGUAAAUGCGAAAUAGAGUUGCUCAUUGAAUCUGCCGUUAGACUUGGAGUCGGUGACUUCAAGGGUGCAGGUUUACUGUUUCCCUCUUCAAGAGUAGCCUUGCUUAUCUGUUCUGACCUCAUAGUUUGAUUCAUUGGCUUCAUGUAGGCCCCUUGAUUGCUACCCACGUAUGAGUCAGGUGAAAAAGGCUUGCUAAUUGGAUCCGCCUUCUUGCUUUGUAUCACAGACCUCAAGGAUAUCACUUUACUGCGCUUCUCCUCGACAGAGGAGACAGUUGGUGGUGACGCCAUGUAACUGGUUGUUCUCUCAGGUCUCUCACUUUGUGCGAAGGACACACGCUUGUUCGCAGCACCAGACUCAGAUGACGUGAAUGAAGUUGAUUUCCUUAAUCCAUCCGCGUCUUUACUUUGAGUCCUCGACUUCAAGCGAUCCAUUUCACUGCCUUUCACAUCAGGUUCUUUCUUGUUUCGAGUCCAGGAAACCACCUUACGUUCUUCAGCAUCAGAUGGAGCAAUCGUUAUUGAUAGAUCAGACUUAUUCGAUGGAUGACGUUUUGUAUUCCCAGUCAGUGAUUUCAAGGAUACCACUUCAUGUAGUUGCACAGUUUGUGGCAAAGCAGGCACUGGUUUAGUUGAAUCAGCGUCGUUUUCAUCUUGACUCACUUGGGUUGAUAUUUGAAGUGUUCUAAACCUGUCACGCUCGAUCACCUUAACACGACACAAGAAAGCCGCCAGUCCAGAAGCAGCUUGAGUGGGGUAAGGUUUGCUUCUGUUAUUGAUAGAUUUAGAAUGAGAAAUGGUUGGCUUGCUUGAUGGCUCAGUAGUAUUUUUAACUCUCGCCUCCAGACAUGCAUCUCGAGAAUCAUUAUUUGUGGCUUGGCUUUGUCCUGUCACAUUCAUCAACGUCUUGUCUACUUUAUCCUUUGUCUCGGGGAUUGUUUUCAACUCGACUUUUUGUUCAUCAGCAAAAGCUUGCUUGGUGACUGUUUCUAUCUUAUUGUGUGUUUCACUGUCCUUGACUGAUUCCCCAGUGGCGCCGCAUCCCUCUUCACUGGAUGAGAUUUGCGCAACGCAUUCUUCAGGAAUAUUGAUGUUUCUUUCAUUUAGUUGAGAUUUUACAGCAGUGAUGAUUUCUUUAAUUGCAAGCUCCUCGUUUUCAUCAUUGAGAUCAAACAAAUCAUCAUCGUGACUUUCAGUUUCACUGCUGGUAGAGUCACUAUCUUCACUGACAGGGAAUGCAGGUUGUUCCUCCUGUCCAAAUGAGAAAGUCAAUGUUUUCUUGUUCACAGCUUGUUCUGCUCGUUGGAGUAAAAGGUCAGUAGGCUGUUGGUUUGUAUCACAGGAUUCAUCUGCUUCCGCCUGUACCAGAGAAAAUGUCAACUUCUGCUUGUUUUCUCCAAAGAAUGACAAUUGUUUAGGAUCAUCUUCUUUUAGGAAACUAAAAUCUUUCCAAGAAAGUCCUGAUGAUACUGUCACUGGUUCCGCUGCUGGAGGCACAAAAAGUUGUUCUGCUUUUUCAAAAGAAAAGACUGAUCCCUGCUUACUUUCCCCUAACAUUGGCGUUUGCUGGGAAUUGUGGUCUUCAAGCCUAAAGCUAAAGGUGUUGAAUGGAGAAUUUGAUGCUAUGGUUUUCUGCUGUGAAGUACAAGAAAAUACAGUGUUGGUAUCCUGCUGUAGCUUUGGCCAUGGCUCAACUGCUGAUGGAACAAUAUUUGCAGCUUGGCUUAUUGCCGUCUGGACAGGGAUUUCAGUCUUCUCCAUACAGUUACACUUGGUCCCAAGCGGCAUAAGAUUCCCUUCUUUAAAGCUGAAGGUGUUAUAAGCAAACCAUGACUUCACUUUGCUCUGUCUUUCUAGAGAAGGUAUGAGUACAGGAUUUAAAGGUCUUUCAUCCAGUACUGAAUAGAUUACUCUGUCCUUCCUGGACAAACUUCCUGUAGGCUCGUCAUAUUCUGGUCGAAAGCUGAAAGUGUUAUAUGCAAACCAGGAUUUCUUGCUUCCUUCUUUCAAACCCCAACUUGGUAUUUCAGGAUUCAAAGGCCUCUCAUCUAGUAGUGAGUAAAUGGCGCGUCUACUGAUAGCAUACUUGGUUGGCAAAGACGCAAGUAAGUUGAGGCUUAUUUGUGAGCAAUAAGAACAAUCUGUGUUAUCCUCACAUUCCAUGAACAUGUCUUCGAUACUUUCAUCGAUGUCCAUAUAUAACUCAUCAACGUCAAUCAUCUCGAUGUCAUACUGAUUCUGUUGCGGCAUCAUCUGAAAUGGAGUGUGAAUACCCGCGGUUAGAAGACCCUGAGGAGUAAUGCUUAUCUGGAAUGGAUUGACGAAACACUGGUGAAGUGGUGUUUGCUGGAUUCCCGUGAAAGGAAACACAGGAAUAUUAGGUGAUGAAACAUCUUCCAUGAUGAAGUCGCCAUUGCAGUCAAAGUUUCGUAUAUCAGACAAGGUAAAUAUAGGUCUUUUCGCCAGGCCUUCGAAUGUUUUAUCCUGAUGSUCUCUUGCGACAAGUGCAGCCUGAUCAAUCAACUUCUGCUUCAAGUCUUGUGGUAGUACGUCAUUAUCAUAACGUUUGUAGUACCUAGAAAAGUUGUGUCCUGUGAGUGCGCUCGCUAUUCUUGACACGGAAUUGGGGUUUACAACAGCUUUAAACGAGCCAUCGUCUGAUAGUAGUACUAUUCCCCUUUCCAGAAGGUCGACUGUCUGUGUCAUGAGGGCUUGAUGCACAUCACUAGGAUAUCUUUGUGAACUGUCUGUAUUCAAAGGUGACAGUCUGUUAUCUCCCACCAACUUGCCCAGGUCUUGCGCAACAAUUUUAUCAACUUGGACGUCUUUAGAUAACAGCUGAUUCUGAUUGUCGUCAUCAGCAUAUUUUCUUUUUCGUCUUCUUUGAUUAAUGCCUCCCAGCGUUACAUCCUCGAUUACUUUUACAUUGUUGUUCACAGACUCUCUUAUUUCUUUAAUUUCUCUCGUCACAAUUUUGGCGAUUGUGUUACUUGUUGGCUGAGCAUCUUCUUUUGGUGUUGCGUGACACACCGUGCUUACACGGUCAGAUGCUUGAACUUGUUCAUCAGAUGGGACUGCCACAACAUUCACUUUAUGUUCCUCUACUGAAGAAAAUGCCACUCUGCACUCAGUGAGUGUCUGUUCUGCUGCAGUUGGCUUUUCUUCAACAGGGGUCUCUGGGAUGGAUGCAAUGACGUCAUCCUGAUGCUGAAUCCCUUCUGAAGACAUCUCGUUGACUGAUUCCUGUCGCUGCACACCUUCAGCAUUGGUUUGUUGACACUUCUGAUAAGUGACAUUAACCAGGGGCUUGAGUCUGUCUGUAGAUUUUAUGGCGACCACCUCUUCUGAGUCCUGUACAAGCUCCACUGAUUGAGAAAAAAGUUCGCAGCGUGUGUUCUCAGUUAUCGAUGUAUAGUCUUUAGCUAUUACAUGACAUUCACUCUCAAUCACUUCCGAUGCUGGAGCUACGCUCUCAGUCGGUACAGGCAUGUUGUCAUCCACAUACGCUUCUCCACGAACCGCAACGGUAACGACUUCUGAAGUCAACGCUAACGGGGAAAUUUCAACACCAACGGCUGGCGAAUGGUGGAACUCCUGAUUUUCAUUUCGUUCUUCACCAUCUUGAUGUGCCAAAACAGAUACCAAUUCAAUUUGAGUGGCCGGCUUUGGUUUUCGUCGGUAACUGUUCUCAGGUCUAACAAAGAUAUCCUCGUCUAAUUCACUGUAUGAUGACCACUCCCAUUGGUCUGAACACUUCUGCCGCUUGUAGCUGUUAGGCGUUGUGUCCAUCGUAACCUCACUUUGAUUAGGAGCUUGAGUGUUGCUAGUUAUUUUAUUGUUGUUUCCAUCAGUAACAGCGGUUUCAACCUCAGCUUCUGAAGCAUUUGCUACGUCUGAUGGCAGAUGAUAGAUCUCGUGCAACACGGCCAAAAAGUGAUGUGAUGGUGUUGGCAAAACCUUUACUGAGGAUACUCUCUCUGCGCAGUGAUCUUCUCCUUCUCUUUUAACCACCUUUCCAAAGAAUAUUUCUGCCCCUCUUAAGGUUUCUUCAGACUUCCCUGAAGACACGUCUGAGGCAACUGAGCUGGCAUCUUGACGAGAGAUCGAGGCGAAGUUUGAACAGACAGGAUGUUUUUCAUCUGUUUCCUCUUGAGCCUCGUCUAAGAGUUUUGGUUCUUGUUCUUCUACUUGCUGUGUUUCUUGGUGAGCCACAUCAUGCGACAUCUUGUAAUUGUCACAGUCAACAGGCUGAACCUCUGGUGUAGCAGCGUCUUGCACAGCUAAGGGCUGAAGUGGCAUAAUUGCGAGUGCAUUAGCAAUUGAUCCGAUUGGUAGUUGCAGAUCAAUCUCUCUUACGCCAUUAGCAAUGGCCUCGAAGUUCAAGAUGGUAAAAUUCACUUCAACGAUGCAUUCCGGUCUGAAUACUACACACAAAUGAGCUGUAACGUCACAGAUCCCUGGUAGUUGAAGGCGCAGCUCUGUUACACUACGCUGAGGAGAAAUGGCCAAUGACUCCAACGCUUCCUGGUUAUUUUCAGCAACUCGCACCUCAAGAGAGUCUUCAGGAAGGUUUUCUUGGUCAAUAACCACCACUUCUUGAUCAUCCAUAGUUUGGACUGCAGAUAUCGCGUCAUGAGUUAUGGACUCGGACAUCUGGCUUAAAGUUGGUGCCUCAGUUGAUGUCUCAUGAUUGUCACAACCACCAUCCUGCACCAUUAGGGAUUCUUCUGGCUGAUUGACCAGAACGUCAUGAAGAUCCAAAGUCGGAACGUCAGUUGCUUUGUCAAUAUUCUCGCCCUCAGCAGCCUGAACCUCAUGAUCUUCUUCUUGCUGUGUUUCCUGAUGGGAGACAUCGAGGGCCAUCAUCUCGUAAUUGCAGCAGUCAAAAGCCUGAACCUCUGAUGCAGCUGAGUACUGAAGUGGUAUGACUCCAAGUGAGUUAGCAAUUGCUUCGAUUGGUAGUUGCAGAUCAAUCUCUCUUACGCCAUCAGCAAUGGCUUCGAAGUUCAAGUUGGUACAAUCUACUUCAACGAUACAUUCCGGUCUGAAUAUUACACAUACGUGAGCUGUGACUUCACAGAUCCCUGGUAGUUGAAGGCGCAGCUCUAAUUCAGCUCGACUAGGCUGAGAUGGAAUGGCCAUCAAUUCUUGGUCAUAUUUCAACUCGAUAUUGUCACAAGCAUCAUCAUGCACCUCAAUGGGUUCUUUUAGGUCUGGUUGGCUGACCACAAUUUCUUGAUGUUCUAAAGCUGGUACGUCAAUUGUUUCUUGGUGAGUGACACCAAGCGCCAUCUCGUAAUUGUCACAGCCAACAGGAUCAACCUCUGAUGUAGCAGCUACUUGCACAGCUGAAGACUGAGAUGCCAUGAUUGCAUUUGUAUAAGCAAUUGAUCGGGUUGGUAGUGGCAAACCAAUCUCUCUCAUACCAUCAGAAAUGGCCUCGAAGUUCAAGAUGGUACAAUCCACUUCAACGAUACAUUCCGGUCUGAAUACAAUGCACAAACGAGCUGCAAUGUCACAGAUCUCUGGUAGUUGAAGGCGCAGCUCUACUUCAGCUUUACGGACUUGAUCAUGAGGUAGAAUGGCCAUUGAUUCCUCUACUUUUUCUUGGUUGCAGCUAGUGGUGGCUUCCAAUAAGCUGCACGGGAAGAACAGCUCUUGAACACUCACGGGCACAAUCGCAGUGCAUGGGAUGCUCACAGUGGGCUUUGCUGUAUCUGUGUGUUUUCCCGUCAGGUCAAACAGACUCACUUGUCUCCAGCUCCAUCCAAAGAGGCAGGAUCUCAUUUUGUCUAUGAUGUCACGCAGUUUCAUGCUGCUUACAGCGGAGAGUAUCGUGGACGCAGGUCCUGMUGAAUAAGGAACAAUUGCAGAGAUUUCCUAGGCCGAUGGAGGGAUCUAAAGGCUCGCGGUACAUUUUACUCAUCUAAAUUUAAUUCAAAAAUGCUCCUACGCGCAAAGUAUUCACUUUCUCGAGAGUACAUAUAGACUGCCAGCAUGCAAGAAUCUUCCGGGAAAAUGAUCCGAAAAGAAUUAAGAAAAAGAGGAAUGGAAUAUUCCCCGUUCAUUUUAUUCCUUUUCUCAUUUCUUUCCUCUCUUAUUUUCCCUAUAGAUUCUUGCAUCGUCAGUCUACAUUAACAAUUAUCAGGACUGUUUACUUGCGUGUGCAAAAAGGAAACUACUUACAGUUGCCAUAGAGCAUGGUUGCUUGAGUGGAGAUGUGUUCCAUGCAUGCUGUGGUCGAGACAUGAAGAGUCUCGUCGUGGCUCACGGCGCACGGUUCUUGUAAGACAGUCUUUGGUCUUCCUGACUGUUCUUGUAGAUUUAACAUCUUUGCAAUGUUAACGGCAAACUUUAACGAAAAGAAAAACAAAACAAUUGUGAAUAAAUAGCUUUUUGUACCUUAGUAAAACAAGUUCACUUUUCUUUAGUUUCGUACCUGAUCUCUUGCCUUGAGUUGCCUGUAUUUUCCUCAGCCUCGCGAGAGAUUUGCUCUCCCGCGAGUGGGUGUUGACUUCUUUUUUCUUCUACUAAUUUAAAUGAUCUUUCAAAACGACGUACAAAUAUUUAUUUCUUUGGGUUUCGCGUGAGCUUGGAAGGCUUUUCUAGCUUUCUAAAUACUUUUUUCGCGCUAAGUUGCUCGUAAAGCUUUCCUACUGGAAAUCAUUUACGAACUGGGAAAAAAGAAAAAGUUGAUUCUUUUUAUUACGCGGAAUAGUACGUCACAAACAAAUCAUUUUUACUUUAGCCAAUCAGAAUCAAGAACGAUAGAGCGCGCAGUUCGAAAAAUGACGUCACAAUACGAGCCUGCGGUCGAGUUGAAUUCUUACAGCGGCUUUCAUGGUUACCAACCUGUUCCCAGUUUCUUCUCUACCUUUGGGUAGGAUAGACAUUGGGAAAGAAUUUGUCCAAAGACCACAGGGUUCCCAAAAAGCAUUUAGACGUUCCAUGAUCUUUUCUAGAUACACUGUACAUUAGCAAUACUAGAUUUCCAUUAUUAGGAACUAUAAUUUUUCUUUCGUUUUGUCUUAAUUCGUUAUAACGUUGGCGGUAUCUGAAUGUCGGAUUUUACUGUGGUUUUGCUUUGAAGUUUCGCCAACUGGGCUGGGCUACCUGUGGAAAGAUUCAAAUUCAAAAUGGCGGUCUUGSAGACAAAAGUUUGUCAACACAACCAAAUCUUAGCUUAAAAUUCCCUCUUAAUAAUUUAGUUUUCUGGAGUCAUGUUUAGCUAAACGAAAUCUAACUAAGAUAUCAACUUUCCAGCUCGCCACAAAUAAUCUUUAAGCAUCCGGAUAAAUAAUUAUUUACAAAUUUUGGCUUCUUUUGGAUUUUGUGGUUUCUUGUCAAAUGCUCUCUCUUCGCGCGGGUCGUUGUCGUGAAGUCUAAACGAUGAGUUCACCUCUUUCAAGCUUGAAGAAGGGAAAAAGAACGCCUCUUAAUCCAAGGCAGCCAUGUGCACCAUUCAGAUAUGAAACAGAAUAUGAUGAUGACCACACAACAGAACUGCUGGAUGAACUACCAAGUGAUUUCCUUAGAAGGGAUGUUCUUUCUAAGUUACCAAGAGGUACUCACAAAGGUUCAUCAUCUGCACCAAAUGACCAUGAGUUGAUGAGUGCCAUGGCAGGACGGCUUGCUCAAGCUGAGGCUGAACUAAAAAACACUAAAAGGGAACUUAUAGACAAGGACAGAAAGAUGAAGAUUUUACAAGAAAAAGUUCACCUUCUUGAAAAAGCCAGAGGAUAUAACUCUGGUACAAUUGGAGACUUGGAGAAAAACUGUCAAGCACUGCAGUCUCAAGUCCAUGAUAUGGAGGUACAGUUAUAUAAAACUUUAGUCACUAUAAUAG